AUGGCGCUGGACCAGGGCGCAAAAGUGUUCGGCGUUGAUAUCGCGGCAUCACCCGCGCCGCUGGCCAACCACCCAAACUACAAAUUCCUUAAGGCUGAUCUCUGUGACAAGCAAACACCUAAGGAUGUCGUGCAGGCUUGUGUCAAAAUGUUUGGCGGCCGCAUCGACGGGCUGUUGAAUAUCGCUGGGAUCAUGGAUAGUAACCAGAGCGUUGACAGUGUUUCCGACGAAAUGUGGGACCGCUGUAUUGCGGUCAAUUUGACGGCUCCGAUACGACUGAUGCGGGAGGUAAUUGCUAUCAUGCGGGAGCAGAAGAGCGGUAAUAUCGUGAAUGUGGCCAGCAAAGCAGCAACUAGUGGUGCUGUUUCUGGCGUAGCGUAUACAGCAAGCAAGCAUGGACUGGUGGGAGCGACGAAGAACGUUGCCUGGAGGUUCAAACACGACAAUAUCCGUUGCAAUGCGGUUUGUCCCGGAGGUGUGGUGGGAACGGGAGUCCACAAUGAAAUGGAUAUUCAAAAAUGGGACAAGGAGGCAAUGAAAACAAUGUUUCUCAUUCAUCAAUCGCACUCAUGUGACAAAGACAAAGGGAUUGGGCUUCGCGCAGAAGACAUCGCCCGCCCGCUUCUGUUUCUUGUGUCGGAUAGAAGCAAAGGGAUCAAUGGAGCUAUCCUUCCUAUUGACAAUGCCUGGUCAACCAUCUGA